AUGACACCACUUCUGCCGUCACCGGCCUCGUGCCAUCCUACAACGCUGCCAAAACUAGAUGCAGAUCAAGAGUCUUCGCUGUCGGAGUGCGAAAAACGUGCCAAAACCUUAGAAUGUAGAACAGGAGCAAGCACUGUAUUGGCAAGAUCGUCUGUAUUUGUUUACGGGGGCUUCACAGUUCCGCUAAACCUCACAGAAGUUAACUCGGUGUCAAUACAGCAAGAACUCAUCCUGUUCUUUGCACGCAAACGCAAACACACAAGCGGGUUUCAGAAUUUGGCAGAAUGGAUUAGUCAAGAAGUGUUCCAUUUGGAUUUGAUAUCGCGAAAAUGGGAUCGUGUAGAAACCCAGGUCAACCAAUCAAACGACACGAACGGCGUCGAAGACGACUCAAUGCAAGUUACCAUGAGAGAGCGGGUUUUCCACUCGAUGUGCUACCACGAUGGCCAUCUGUACGUGUUUGGUGGUCUGGUGGUCUCACCGCAGUCCGGGUAUGAGCUCAUAGCAUCCAAUGAGCUAUGGGCACUGGGUUUGCGGACGAAGGUGUGGCGACUGAUCAGCUGCAACCCCUGCAUCGCAAGACGCUUUAAUCAUAACAUGCACAUAGUUCAGGGUCCCGAAGACGAGGAUGAUACACAUCUGUAUGUCGUAGGUGGUCUCAACAACUUGGAUCGUCCCAUACACGUUGUCGACAUAUAUAACCUUACUCAAAACCGGUGGGAAUCGUUGGACGAUGAAAGCUCGGUCGCACAGGUGAUAACUACCAACAUUGAUGGUCAAAAUACCCCUCUCUUAGAAAACUCAAAUUUUUCACUACUAAUAAGGGACCAGGCCACAAAUAAACCGCUCAUUGUCAGCUACGCCCCCAGCGAAACAGAGGAAGAUGCUAAUCCUGUUGUUAUACAGCCUCUGAACCCGGGACCAAACGGUAAAAGGAUGCCUGCAUUUAGAAGGCGCGGUAGCAGGGAUGCCAAACAGUACAAGGCACCAUUUCAUUUACAACAUCCGUCCGGGGAUUAUUUUGGUCAUAACAUUAUCAUAAGUGGCUUUUAUCCCGAUUUUGAGCCUUCAAGCUUUCACUGCUUCACAUACAAUAUUCCUACGGGCAAGUGGACCGAAAUAAGCACCAUAUCCGAUGAUCCCUCAGGCUCCAGCCAUCGGCUCUGGCAACUUUUUGUAUGGCAAUCUCACCACAGGAUCGUUUUACUGGGAACCAUGACAAAAGAAAACCAUUUACCCAGUGUUCAAAAAUUCAGCAAUAUAAUGUGUGUUGCCCUUCCCAUGAUCAAUGUCUUUCACAGGGCCCCUCACCUGGCUUUGGGCAGGGAAAGAAGUGCUGCGAGCUUGGAUCAAUCGUCUCUUGGACACGACAGCUUCGAAGGUUACUCUCGUUACUCAGCGCCACAAUUGGAAAUAACUACCAUAGCACCCGUUUUUCCAUCUUAUGCCAUGGCUCUUGGUAAAGACUUUCUGGAGUUAUGUGGGCAGCAAUUGUCGGAUUUCGAAAUAGUUACUGAAGACGGAGAUUCCGUCCGAGUUCCAAUAUUUUUAUUAAGAAAGCGAUGGGGGAGGUACUUCGAUGAUGUGCUUGCACAUGGUUACGUCAAAGCGUCCAAAGAAUUUGAAAAUCAGAACCGAGAUAAUGUUCUAACCAAAUUUUCCUCGAGUACUGGAAAUUAUAGCGUCACUCCAACAAGUCACCAAUUUGACACCACAAGCUCAAAAGGCCCGGAAAAUUUGUCACCAAAAGAAGAACUUGACCUUACUGUGCCGCUAGAUGAGCAAUCCGAAGGCUCACAGUCGCUGUACCCUUCAGUGCCUAGAAAGUCAAGCCCACUGAUUUUUGCAAACAAAUCAAGCACUCCCGAAUUAUCGCGAAAACCCGGUUUAAAAGACAAAUCAAACACGGGCACAGUAGUUCUGCCUAAGAUGCAUCAUUCCAAGUCCGAUUCGUCCGCUAAUUUGGUAGCUCGAAAUCACGAGGAAGCCUUGAAAGACACCGGCGAUAACACCGACAAGUCCAAUAUUGAUCCAAGUAAGACGACAAGCUCAUCUGGUGGCAUGGUAUUUCGUCUUCCAUUUCAAGAAGGUAGCGGCGGGUCCGCAGUUCCAUUGCCAUUAUUACAAGCACUUAAUAACGAUCCCAGUAAGCUGGAAACUCUGGAAAAACAUUUAGGGCCUGCCUCUCGCAGAAAGUCUUCCGUAUCUACCAGUUUUGUGUUUGACGGGGGCCCCCGAGGUGCGCGUCGUGCAUCUCAUCCAAAUUUUCACAAUCCCGAUGAAAAAAUGGCAGCCUCCCAGAGCCCGCUUGGUUCUCGGAAAGCAUCUGUAGCAUCUCAGAAUAGCUCGAUAUCGUUCGUGAGCUCGUCUUCUGACAGGAUGGGCAAUCCAAACAACCGCAGAACUUCUCAGGAUAGUACUAUGAGCUCAUCUACCUUCAAUUCUUUGAAUUCUCAACUACCGCCCCCUCAGCCAAUGCCCACAGAUCCUCUACCCUCAACUCCACAUCAGCCUAGUAUUGAUGUGACUAUGUCAUCGGCCUCUGCCAAAAAUAGUCCAUUUUCGUCGAGGCGUUCAUCAUAUUAUCAUGACGUUUUACGCCCCGGAUUGUCAUCUUCGAUUUCGCAGUCACUUCUCGGCAUCAAUGAAGCUGCCGCAUCAGAAAAUAGUCCGCUUCAUCCUCCAGAUCCUUACCUGGCUCGCAAGAGAUCUAUUGACAGGCAGCUUCUCGAGGACAAUUUGAUUGACGUCGAAUUGGAGGCAAGCAUUGAUCCUCACCAAAGUUCCAGUUCAACGACAGAACGCAAAUCAGUGGGUCAGAAAGGUGCUGUGAAGGCUAGAAUGGAGAGUGAAGGCAGUCGUCCAUCAUAUCUUUCAUUGGCCGAUAGCAGCACAAGUAUCAACUUCACUACAGAGCAGGACCUAGAACCUCUGCUAGUCCCAAGAUCGCUAUACAUGCCGUGGCCAACUUCUACGAUUAAAUCGCUCAUCGAGUUUUUCUAUACGGGUCAAGUGAAUGGUCGGUGGCUACUGUCCCCUGUUGCAUUGAAUUUAUUGGUGAUGGCUAAAGUGUACGAGAUUACACUACUCUAUGACCUUCUUGCCGAGGCGUUCUAUUCGAUUUUGGGCAAAAAGGAGGAAAGUUUACUGGCCAUAGGAGAAUCAUUGAAACGUUUUCUCUAUCUAAAAAAUACUAAGGGAUAUGUGGACUCUCCGGACCUUCAAUUGGCUUUUCAGGAGCUGCUUGAGCUCGAAAAGUCACUUCAUGCAGUUGACGAUGGAUUUUUCGACGUGCAGCUUCUGAAAAGAGCGACGAGGGCCACUUCUGCUUGCAGCUCCGAAAGCGGUGACAUUGGUGCCAUUAACAAGAACAGUAAAGAACAAGACUCAUUAAAUGUACCGGUCCUCUUUGCAGGAGGACCUCGAGGCAGUCACAACUCGAUCGGAUCCAGUGGGACACCAAACGCAAGUGCUGAAGAAACAAUGAAGUUCACGUCACCAAAAGAAAAUCAAGCAGCAAAGAAGAAUGGUCGUAGUAGAAGCGCAACAUUGAAAGAGCUAGGUGGCUUGGACAAAGAGUCAGGUUCGAGAGAUUUUACUGAUUACACAGCCAACGACGUCAUGACUCAAGAGGCAAGCGAUAAAACAGACAGAGAGAAUAGAGCUGAUAGAAUGGAGCAACAAAAAUUGAGCAACAUGUCUCAAAAUGUCAAUUCUGACUUCUCGACCCAGAUCAUCGACUUGAAAUCUUCCGAAGGUCGUGAAGAUAGUCAAAAAGAAGGUCGCAAGACGCCCGACCGAACUAAUGUAGCAAAGGAAAUGGACAGGAAACAUACGAAAGCCGAGAAUGAAAAAAUUGAUACCGCUGCGGAAGAAAAAGUAGUAGGGAAUGCUGAUAGAGAUGAGAACCGCGAGAACGAAGGAUUUCCCGAGAAUUCCACUUCCAGCUCCGACUCCGAUGAUAUGUGCACCGGUUUCGGGUUGGCUUCCACAACAAAAAUCGACAAGAAACUUCGCCAGCGUGAAGACGACAUAUCUGUAGAUCCGCUGUCAAAAAAGAUUGACUCAGAAAAUUCGUCACUGAAGAAUAUCAUUGAUUUCUACAAGAAGGGGGAUCAUUUGAACAGGCCGGACGCUCAUAAGACGAGUGUCGACAAUUUGACACUUGCUAACAUGGCAUCGACCAAUUCUUUGCCUCCAGUCGAUUAUGUUGUUGAACUGAUCCAUGAAACUGCCACGUUGGUACACGACACACGUCUUAUUGUCAGAUGUGUUAGUGUCAUUACGUUAUCAAAGAACCUGAAAUUGCUGAAGAAAAAGCUGGAAAGCUAUCCAUUCAUGCGCGAUAGCGACGCCGGAAGAUCAGCCACACCCACUGAGAAUGCUUUUACAGGUAGUAACGAAUCGGCAAAAGUGGAUGAUAAUGCCACUACCACAGGGUCGCCAUCAAUUGAACAGCUGCCUCGGGUGGAGUCCAGUGCAAGCCUCGACAGAAGGAGUCCUAUGACCUCCAACACGACUACGGGGGAGAACCGUGCAGGCACGGCGCCCGAGAGUGGUCCCAAGCCUACUACGUCCGAGACAAGUCUCCCGGAAAAAAGUGAUGUCUCCUCGAUCGACACGAAAAGCUCUAAAGCGCCUAGAAGUCAAAGAAUCAAGAAAGUGAACUCGAAUUUGGCUGGGACGGGUUUGACGGGAGCGGCUCUCUUUAUGACCGGGUCUUUUGGUCCUCCGAUCCCGAAGGUCAAGACCGAUAAGACAGGGGCUUCAUCUACAUCCAGUCCCACGUCUAGGACCGGGAAGUCAUUUUUCGGCAAGCGUAAGUAG